AAAACGAUGCUGCACUUGUUACUGCAAGUGGUCGGUGGAAUCACCGUUUCGGGCCAUGGAUUGGGGCGCCUUUGCCGGAGCCAGCGUGGGCGGCUUUGUGCUGGUUUUGAUCGGAGGUAUCCUGUCGCACUAUGCAUUCAAGAGAUACUGGAAAAAGAAGGCACUGCUGCGUGAAGAUGUGGAAAGCCCGCCGGAAGUAGAUGACGGGGAAAAGGAGGAAGUGAGGCAAAAGCUCCAAGCUGCCAUUGAUUCACGAGAUCCUGAAGAGUUGAGGACCGGCCUCGAAAGGGCUGAUGCCUUGAACAUGAAAGAGCAAGUGGUCACAGACGCACGCCAAGUCUUGAAAGAAGAGAAGGACGAGGCGAAGAAGAUGCUGCGAGACGCAGUUGCUUCCCGCGAUCCCGAGGGCUUGAGGACUGCAAUUGCCAAAGGUGAGGCAUUGCGCCUGAAGGACGAGGAAGGGCUCGGAGCUGCGCGUCGAGUACUGGAGGAAGAGAAGGUGGCUGCCAGAAAGGAGCUCCAAGACGCGAUCCAAGCGCGAGAAAUUGAUCGCUUGAGGCGAGCUAUCGCUAGGGGCUUAGCUUUACAGCUGAAGCCGGGGGAGUUGGUGGAGGCCCAACGGAUUCUCAAGGAGCUGGAGAAGGAGGAAAAAAAGAAGAAGAAGCCCAAGAAGGUGACGACGCAGCAGGAGGAGCCACUCGCACGAGAGCCCACUGAGUCCAUGGAGGCCGAUGCUUUAGGUUGUGCCAGUUCUGCCGCAUGAAGGAUCGCGCCCAGCUUCUAUCAUCCCAUCCCUGCGCUCCUUUGGCUUCAGCAUCCGCUCCAUCGCUUCACAACUCCUUUGGGUUGACUCCUGCGAAGUGACCAUCGGGCGCGG